AUGUUGGAGAAGAUCGGAUUACCGGCGAAGCCUUCUCUGAGAGGAAACAGCUGGGUCGUAGAUGCUUCUCAUUGUCAAGGAUGUUCUUCUCAAUUUACUUUCAUCAAUCGCAAGCAUCAUUGCCGGAGAUGUGGAGGCAUUUUCUGUGGUAGCUGCACUCAGCAGAGAAUGUCACUACGUGGACAAGGCGACUCACCUGUGCGUAUAUGUGAACCCUGUAAGAAACUCGAAGAAGCUGCUCGGUUCGAGUUGCGCCAUGGUCACAAAAACAGAGCACCAAAAGCAGGUAGCUCUAAAAGGAGCAUAAAGAGUGAGGAUGAUGUUCUCAGUGAGAUUCUGGGAUCUGAUGUUGAUGUGUCUUCUUCAUCGGAAUCAGUGUCUAGUACAGAUAGGAUUACCUCUAAAGAAAUGGGAAGCAGCAGUAGUAACAAAGACAUGGAGGUGGAUGCUAGUCCUGAAGAACUGCGUAAACAAGCGGUGGAAGAGAAGAAUAAGUACAGAGUUCUUAAAGGAGAAGGGAAAUCUGAUGAAGCUCUUAAAGCCUUCAAGAGAGGGAAGGAGCUUGAGAGAGAGGCUGAUGCACUAGAGAUAACAUUGAGGAAGAACCGUAAAAGGGUACUGUCCAUGCGAAAUGUCGCUGAGACGCAGAACAAGGCUGCUACGAGAGAAUCAAGCAAAUCGCAAAAGCCUCCACGUCAAGGAGGUAAAGGAAACGAUGAUUUGGCGGCUGAGCUGAGGGAUCUCGGGUGGUCUGACGAUGAAGAUAAGAAACCAGCAACUGUUAGUUUAGAGGGUGAGCUUUCGUCUCUUCUCCGUGAAAUUCCCGGGAGGACUAACCCACAGAAGAGUGGUGGAAUCGACAAGAGUCAGGUCAUUGCUCUUAAGAAGAGAGCACUUGCGUUAAAACGUGAAGGGAAGCUUGCAGAAGCUAAAGAGGAACUGAAAAAGGCUAAAGUUUUGGAAAGGGAGAUUGAAGAGCAGGAGCUUUUGGGUGGAGCCGAUGAAUCGGAUGAUGAGCUAUCUGCGCUUAUUAACAGUAUAGAUGAUGACAAAGAAGAUGAUCUGUUAGCUCAAUAUGAAGGGAGCCAUGAUUUUGACAUUAGUGGCCUUGUGGGAAAUGUAGAUGAUAUUGGAGUUCAUGGUGAAUUUGAUGUCACAGAUGAAGAUAUGGAGGAUCCAGCAAUUGCUGCUGCGUUGAAAUCUUUGGGCUGGAACGAGAAGCCAGGACACCGUGACAAUGUCCUCUCUCGGCCUUCUCCUAACAACAGAGAAGAACGUUUUGCUGAAAUCCAGACCUUGAAAAGAGAGGCUCUUACUCUAAAACGAGCUGGAAAUGCUGCAGAAGCCAUGGCUACACUGAAGAAGGCAAAGUUACUUGAGAGGGAACUAGAGUCAGGUGAUACGUCCUCACAAACUGUUGAUACGACUAGGGCUGAAAGGGACACGAACCAGAAACUUCCUGCUAGAAGCAGGCUAGCGAUUCAGAGAGAACUUCUUGCUGUGAAAAAGAAAGCGCUUACUUUGAAAAGGGAAGGAAAGUUCAACGAAGCUGAAGAGGAACUGAAGAAAGGAACGGUUCUCCAAGAGCAGCUUGAAGAGCUAGACAAUUCGUCAAAGUUAGCUGCAGCAGGAAAGGCUACUCGUGAGAAAAGAGAUCUUGGAAAUGAUUUGCCUGAUAUAUCUAUAACUUCUCUGGAUGAUGAUGGAGAGGUAGAUGUAAAAGAUGAGGAGUUAAACGAUCCGAAUUACCUCUCGAUGCUUAAGAGUUUAGGCUGGAAUGAUGAGGAUAGUAAUCCUCCUGCAGGUAAACCUGAACCAGUUAGUUCUCAACCAGGGAAAAUAACAAAAACUCAAGAUCCAUUCGAAGUCCGUGUUACAAAACCAAGAAGAAGUAAAGCUGAGAUACAACGAGAGCUCCUAGGGCUGAAAAGAAAGGCUCUAACUUUGCGGCGACAGGGCAAUGUUGAUGAAGCAGAGGAAGUUCUGAACCAGACCAAAAUACUGGAAGCCCAAAUGUUAGAGAUUGAUUCAGGCAAGAACGUUUUCGCUGACGGUGAUCAGAUGAAGAAAACUUCUACUGAUAGUGGGAUCAAUGCUGAAGAUGAUAGCGUUACAGAAAGCGAUAUGAAGGAUCCAUCACUAUUAUCGACUCUUAAGAAUCUGGGAUGGGAGGAUGAAGAACCCAAGAAAGAAGAAGCUUCAUUUAGCUCUACGCACUCUACUGGUCCGCGUGUAGCAUCCAAAAGCAAGGGGCAGAUCCAAAGAGAGCUUCUGGACUUGAAAAGGAAAGCACUUGCCUUCAAGCGUCAAGGGAAAAAUGGAGACGCUGAUGAAUUAUACAGUAAGGCCAAAGUUUUGGAAGAACAGCUAGCAGAACUAGAAACCCCCAAGGAUGAGCCUAUGGAGACGAAAAGCUCAGCUUCUACAAUGGACGUUGAUUCAUUAGUUGGAUCUCAAACGGAGGAGAAAGCAGUAAAACCUACUGCUCAAGAUAGUUAUGACUUGUUAGGAGACUUUAUCUCCCCUGCUCGUAGUGGGAUGAUCGAAAGUAGAGUUGAUGCUGAAUCGAGCCAGAAGCAACCAAGUAUGAUGGAUUUGGAUUUGCUGACUGGUGAGAGGUCUCAAGUUCCUACAGAGAAAGGAAAAGCUGAGACCAAGUCAGACCUUGGAUUGGGGAACAAUCACAGCACUGAACAAACAUUAUCAGCUCCUGGUAAUGUUCAAAAUACAUCUCCUCAAAACAGUCUUAAACAAGAGAUUAUGGCUCAUAAGAGAAAGGCACUUGCAUUAAAGAAAGAAGGAAGAAUAAGUGAAGCAAAAGAGGCAUUGCAACAAGCAAAGCUGCUGGAGAGGAGACAACAAGAAGGAGAAAGCCCUUCUCCUGAAAAACUAAGACAAGAUGUCUCGGUUUCUGCAACGCGAGAGAAAGAGAACAGUCCUUCAAGCUCAGCUCCAAAGCCAAUGUCUGGUCGUGACCGUUUUAAGCUGCAGCAAGAGUCGCUAAGCCACAAACGUCAAGCCAUGAAGCUUCGUAGGGAAGGUAAGAUGCAAGAAGCAGAAGCUGAGUUUGAAAUCGCCAAAGCUCUUGAAGCUCAGCUAGAGGAUUCAACAUCAGCUAAACCGGAACAAGUGGACGAUGUAGCAGUUGAAGAUUUUCUCGAUCCUCAGCUCUUGUCUGCCCUCAAAGCUAUUGGAUUAGACAGUCCUGUGAGUAAAAUAGACACAACAACACAAGCUGUUCCAAAACCGGUGCGUGAAGCUGUGAAACCGAGUCAAGCCAAGGAAAGUGAUAAUAGUCAAGAGAGAAGUCAAUUAGAGGAACGCAUCAAAGCAGAGAAGAUAAAAGCUGUGACCCUGAAACGUUCAGGGAAGCAAGCAGAGGCAUUAGAUGCUCUUCGACGAGCAAAGCUAUAUGAAAAGAAACUAAGUGUUCUUGCAUAG